UAUGUCAGAUUUUGGGCUGCAAUUUGUUGAUCAACAAUUGGUUGAUUUUCUGGCAAUUUAUUGCGAUAAUCCUGUUAUAUGCACUUUUCUCGAGGCUUACUCAUCUACAGUGCAUAACUAUGUGUUCUCUCCCUCACAAUCAGUCGAUUUUGCCGAAUAA